AUGUACGUGAGCUACCUAUUGGAUAAGGACAUGAGCAUGUACCCCAGCUCCGUGCGCCAUUCUGGCGGGCUCAAUUUGGCGCCGCAGAACUUCGUCAGUCCCCCGCAGUACCCGGACUACGGAGGUUACCACGUGGCGGCUGCGAACUUGGACAGCGCCCAGUCCCCGGGUCCCUCUUGGCCCUCUCCUUACGGCGCUCCUCUCCGGGAGGACUGGAAUGGCUAUGCUCCCGGAGCCACCGCUACAGCCAAUUCAGUGGCGCACGGUCUCAAUGGAGGUUCCCCUGCCGCAGCUAUGGGAUACAGCAGUCCGGCCGAUUACCACUCACAUCACCACCCGCACCACCACCCUCACCAUCCAGGCACUGCACCCUCCUGCGCCUCGGGGCUACUGCAGACACUCAACUCCGGGCCGCCGGUGGCCACUGCAGCUGAACAGCUCUCUCCGGGCGGUCAGCGGCGCAACCUGUGUGAGUGGAUGCGGAAACCGACGCAGCCCUCCCUGGGCGGCCAGGUUAAAACCAGGACGAAAGACAAAUACCGAGUCGUGUACACUGACCACCAGCGAUUGGAGCUGGAGAAAGAGUUUCACUAUAGUCGGUACAUCACCAUCAGGAGGAAAGCAGAGCUGGCUGCCACAUUGGGACUAUCUGAAAGACAGGUUAAAAUUUGGUUUCAAAAUCGAAGAGCCAAGGAAAGGAAAAUUAACAAGAAGAAAUUGCAGCAGCAGCAACAGCAGCAGCCACCUCCACCUCAGUCACAAGCUCAACCUGGUGCUUUGAGAAGUGGCCCAGAGCCACUAAGUCCAGUAGCCUCUCUGCAAGGCUCAGCCCCAGGGUCUGUCCCUGGAGUUCUUGGGCCUGCUGGAGGAGUGUUGGCCCCCACCAUCACACAGUGA